UCUAUCAUAUCUCCCCGCACUCUUCGUCUUUCUAGGGAAUGAAAGUUUAGUUUCUUUAACCUAUCUUGACACUCUCCUGCAGAUCGACACACCCUGCGUAUACACCUGACCUCCGUACAUAAGCCCAAGACAAUACCCUGCACGUUCGACGGCUGCGGAAAACUCUUCUCCACGACUGGCCUCAUGACCUCUCACUAUAGGUACCACUUAAAGCAUAGGUUCACCUGUGUAGAAUGUGGACAAACGUUUAGUACAGAGUCGUAUAUGUACAAGCAUAGAGACACCCACUCAGGUAUCCGUCCCUACGUGUGUACUGACUGCGGCAAGACGUAUCUCAGCACAUCUCACCUCAAUAAGCACCGCAGGGCAGCACAUUCCACCCUGAGGCCGUACCAGUGUUCUUACUGUGGCAAGUGUUACAAGGGCAAAGAUCAGCUGACUUACCAUGAGAACAGCCAUAGGGGCGAGAAACCAUAUCAGUGUAGCGUGUGCGGUUAUGCCACGGCGUACAGACACACAUAUUACGUACACAAGAAAAAACACUUGAAACCCUCGCUCGGAGAUCAGAACGCCAAUCAGGACGACGGGUUGAGCAGCGUCGUGAAAGACCGUAAGCCAAUCAGGAAACAGGCGGAGGGAGAUGGCGACGCUACCAAGACGUCGACUCUACGUAAGGUUAAAAGUAGAGUUACAGUUUCCACCAAUAAGAAGCAGUUAGGUAAAGUCGUUGAAUGUCAGGUGGAGUCUGUGCCGACGGUUGUUAGUCAGUGUACGAGCGUUGGAGGGAGUAAGGACGGUAACGAGUCGUCGUUUGCGUCCAGUUCGCUGCCUCUGAGCGUCAUCUACGUCGUGUCAGCAGGAGGAGGCGUCAACGGGGUGGUUCAGCAACAGCAGUUAACUCUCCCGGUUAAAGACGGUUCCAACGCCAUCUUAAUACAGUCUGGUGGUGACGGUCAGGAUGUUUCUCUUCCCAGCUGCGUCCAGUCUGGGUCUAACCACCAGACGCUAGUUCACCCCCAGGACGGUACUCACCAGACGCUCGUUCACCCCCAGGACGGUACUCACCAGACGCUCGUUAACCACCAGGACGGUACUCACCAGACGCUCGUUCACCCCCAGGACGGUACUCACCAGACGCUCGUUCACCCCCAGGACGGUACUCACCAGACGCUCGUUAACCACCAGGACGGUACUCACCAGGCCUUCGUUCACCCCCAGGGUGGUACUCACCAGGCUUCGUUCACCCCAGGGCGGUACUCACCGGCCUUCGUUCACCCCCAGGACGGUACUCACCAGACGCUCGUUCACCCCCAGGACGGUACUCACCAGACACUCGUUAACCACCAGGACGGUACUCACCAGACGCUCGUUCACCCCCAAGACGGUACUCAACAGAUGCUCGUUCACCCCCAAGUCGUUAAAACUACCUUCCCAACCAAUAACCUACUGGAGAAUAAUCGUUUAGAAUCGUUCAAGCCGUCGGAUAAAGACGUCAACGCAUCGUCCGAGAAGCAAGAAUCGUGUAUUUUUCUGUCAAGUACCGGUAAGUGCGCCGUGCCGUCAUGUGACAGCCGCGACGACUCUCUCAUGCUCUUGAAGGUCAGCGAUAACUCCUACGUCGGCAUCUGCGGCCAUCACGCGUUCACAGAGGGUUCGGGGGACGGCCUCAGACAACUAGGGGCCAUCGACGUACAGCCUCUGGCCGCGGUGAACGUACAGACGGAAUACGACGUCAAGACCCUACACCUAGUGACCCCGGGGAGUACCGAAUUAUCCACCAGACGGACGAUAUGGUCACCACGAUAA